GUUAUUUCACGUCGACAUCGCGAAGCGCACGGACCAUUGACGCGAACGACGUUUCCAACGACGGAUAUCCACGGUCCAUCGAAUGGGAACGAUCCACUACAGAAGGAUCCUUUAAAACCUUGCAAAACUUUUUCCACGAGUUCAUCAUGGACACGGCGUGCAGUAUUUCGUUUCAGAAACUGGAAAAUGAACCUAUAAUCGAUGGCCAGUAUAGUAGAAAUCGAGUAACGUCGAAAAUAGAUAAUCCUACGCCGGACACGAAAUGCGGCAACAAGGUGGGCGUUCGUAAUCCCUGGAAUUUCUUCAAGCAUCACAGAUUCAUUUUUCUGGUCGAAGUCCUGGCCGCGAUAUUGAUCCUCUUCCUCGCUGCGUCCAUGCUGUAUCUAACCAUCGUGCCUGGUGGUUUCUACCGAGUGGCACAAGCGGACCAACUGGAUCAAUCCCAACAAUCCUCCAUUGACAACUCCCUGCAAGAAAGCCAGGACCAGGAUAUGGAUCGUGAAACCAUGGACAAGCUCAUCAGCACCAUCCAACUCCUGAGCAAUAGACCUGAAUGGGGAUCGUUGCUAUACCAAGUGGAUCAGAAUCGUCAGAAACGAUACGCCGGGACGUCUGCCUGCACACAGAACAGGGAACGUUGCAAGGCCGUGAUCGAUUCCAUGAAGGCCAUCGCCAACCUCGUUGACGACAGCAUGCCUCAUCUGCAGGCCCUGUUGAACAGCUUCAUGGCCAACCCCGAGGAGUCCAAGUCGGAAUUCAUGGAGCUGGUGAACUGUCUGCAGUGCAAAAACGACUCGAUAACCUUCAUCGACCACUCCGGCCCGGGGAGCAUCAUAAACAAUAAUCGCAUCAUCUACGAGAACCCGGAUCACCUUCAGAUAGGGAACAAUGUCGACGUAGUCGCCAAUCUGCUGGACGAGGACAGGCCAAGCGACGGGAUUUAUUUCAAUGAAAUUCCCUCUGACCAGUUCGCACCGCCUCCAGAUGCGGAGAUAGUUACCAUGGGCACAUUCGAUCGGCAGGAGGACAGCAAGACCACAAAGGGAUCAGAAACGACGGAACGAGAGUCAGCCACAACGGAAACACGGAUGAUUAAUGCAACAGCGAGUGCGUCGGCGACGUCCAAGGCGCAGGAAGCGGCGAACCAGACGAAUAGAAUCGACGAUAUGGAGCAGAAAAAGGUUGCCGCGAACGUGCCGCCCGGGUCAGACAGAGACAACGUGACGGAAAUCGGAAACGACGCGGCGCAACCUUCCUACCAAGGCCAGGCUGGACGGAACGGAACGAAGGAGGAAUCCCAAAAUGAUUCGAAGAAUCCAUCCAGGAUGUCCAGUCGCGAGAACCUGAAGAGCAGGAUCGUCUCGAACGACCGUUUCCAGACCAAGGGUAACCCGGACUUCUCUCAGGGCGUCAUACCCACGGCGGAAACGAUGAAGUCCACUCAGCAGCUGCAGCUAACCCCAACGAUGUCCUGGAUGCCUCACCAGGUCUGCUUCUACGGACCAGCGGCGAACGGUGCCGCGGCGAAGCAAUCUGCACCUGGUCAAGUCCUCUAUCCGUCAGCUCCAGGGUCCCCUUACCCCAUGUCCAUGCCUCAGCCGCGAGGAGGGUUCCAGAAUCCCACCAGCCAGGUGCCCAAUUUCAUGCAGGUCCACGCACAGACGGUGCAAUUCAUGCAACCCUACCCAAACACUGGACUAUCCGCUGGCCAAAGAGGCGGCCCGACUGCACCUGCCACGCAGAAUCUUCCUAUGUUCCCAGGACACCAGACGUCGGCCACUGCUGACACGAGCCAAUCCGCAAAACCGCCUUACUACUGCACUUACAUUCCUGUGCCGACGUUCCAGUUCCCUGCCAUCCCUGGAGUGUCCGAGUAUCAGAGGUCCGGUGCUUUAGCUGAGCAGGGAACUCUGGCACAUGCGAGCUAUGGGGCAUGCCCUCCGAACGCGAUUCGCUGCCGUGAUGGAGGAGGAUGCAUCUUGAGAUCUCAGUGGUGCGACGGUCACGUAAAUUGUGGCGAUGCAAGCGACGAGAUCACGUGCUCUUGCAGGGAUCGAAUAUCUGAAGAGAGGCUUUGCGACGGUUACUUCGAUUGUCCACAUGGGGAAGAUGAACUGGGCUGCCUGGGUUGCCCAAAGACAUCCUUCAGUUGCAACGACGUGCAACAGCGAUCCCCUGACGGGAACUGCGUCCCACUUUCUCAAAGAUGCGACGGCGUUAAGCAGUGUGCAAAUGGAAAAGACGAAAUGGAUUGUAACAUACUCACGCCCACGUAUAUCGAGGGGAAAAAUGUGUUUACGAUUGGUUACACCGAAGGAUACCUUCACAAGAAUUACAUGGGCCAAUGGUACCCCGUCAGUGAGGCUGCCGUGUCCUGGGUCAGGGAUGCCUGCAUCUCUGAGAUUGGCCAGGAAAUGGAGAGGAAGCCAGAGGUGGAGAUUCACUCCAUACCAAGCAACACCUAUCAAGGCCCAUCUAUAUCAGCAGUGGGUGACGAAGUCAAAUUAACUCCGUCGAGUACAAACACUACAGUCUACGUUCGAUGUCCACCACUUGUCUGCGGUACCAGGGUUCUUACGCCAAGGGACCAAUUACAGCCUCAGCUUCCUGAGGCCGAUGACGGAUCAAUUAUGCAAAGGUUCUUCAGAGGCAGCCUCGAAACCGAGAAAAGGGAGAACAACACUGCCGAUCAAGACGACAUCGUUGGCUCGCAAAUGCGCGUGGUUGGAGGAAGGGCGAGCCAUCCAAAAGCUUGGCCAUUCUUGGUGGCCAUUUACAAAGACGGUAGCUUCUAUUGCGGUGGCGUUAUCCUGAACGAAAUGUGGGUCCUGACUGCUGCACACUGCCUUAAUAUGUACAUGGGCCACUACUUCGAGGUCGAAGCAGGACUCCUCCGACGCUUAUCCUUCUCCCCAAUGGCGCAGUCCAGGAAAGCCAGGUACACGAUAGUCCAUCCUCGAUACAACAGCGAGGACAUGAGAAACGACAUUGGUAUGAUCAUGCUGGACGAACCUCUGCGCUUCAAUCGAUGGGUACGGCCCGUUUGCUUGCCAGAGGCGGACAUCUUGGGAGCAAUGUGGAGAUUCAAGCCGGAGCCUGGGUCCAUUUGCGUCGCGAUCGGAUGGGGCGCCACCAAGGAGCACGGACUGGAUAGUGACCAUUUGAGGGAAGUGGAGGUCCCCAUACUGAAGAGCUGCAAGUACGCGGUUGAUCGCAACGACGCCACCAUUUGCGCUGGGUACCCUCAGGGAGGUCGUGACGCCUGCCAAGGGGACAGUGGCGGGCCCCUGAUGUGCAAAAAUCCGUACGCGAAAUCGCACUGGUACGUGGCAGGCAUAGUCAGUCACGGGGAAGGCUGUGGUCGGCCAAAUGAGCCGGGCACUUAUACAAAAGUCAGCUACCACCUCGAGUGGAUUCGAGAAGUUUCCAGCGGUCAAAGCGUGCCUCCCCUGAGACGAACACCUUUGGAGAAGUGUCCAGGGUUCAGCUGCGAAGGUGGACUAGGUAGAUGUCUACCCUUACAAUCACGAUGCAACAGAAUCGUGGAAUGCUUGGACGGGGAAGACGAGCUCUACUGUCCUGGAAAUCUGGACUACGUUCUAUACAGACAAUCAGAGGAUCCCAAUUCCUUGCCUUCCGAACCUGACUUAGUGGCGCCUGAGGUAGAAGACACUACCGCGUUCGAAGUGUCUUCAAGCGAGAGCAUCGAGCUUCGUGACGACGACGACUCAACUUCAACCACGUAUAAUCCAGAGGACAGCAGGACGCCAGCGUUUCCUACGACGUUCGCGUGCGGAAGGUUGCUCCAGAGUAUCCCAAUCCAGAAACGGUGCGACAGAGUGGCGGACUGCGAGGACAGUACUGACGAGAUCAAUUGCACCUGCAAGGAGUACCUGACGAAUCUGAAACCGACAGCCAUAUGCGACGGUUACGUGGACUGCGACGACAAAACGGACGAGAAAGGUUGCAAGAUUUGCUCCGAUGACGAGUUCUUCUGCAGAACUAGCAGGACUUGCAUUCCAUUGGCCAAGAAAUGCGAUGGACAGUUCGACUGUGAGCACAGCGAGGAUGAACUGGAUUGCUUCACGCUGUCCAAUGGUCGAUACGUGUACCUGGACGCGGACGAGCGGCCAUUUUUGAAUAUGCAGGGGAUUCUUACUCGAUACGUCAAUGGCAAAUGGCGGACCACCUGUCAUCGUCCCAGGAUCCAUCAGAAUCGAUCCACGGUCACGCUCAUCGGUCAAAACAUGUGCGAGUACUUCGGCUUUGCGAACCUGAAAUCAUCGGAGUCAGUCACGGUGAAUGAUUCCAAGCUGGAAACGAUACCCUGGGAGGAGACGUACGUCCCGUUCCGGGAGACUUCAUCGAUAGCCUCCGCGAACGACAAGGAUGAAACUUGUCCCGGGCUUUACAUUCGCUGCAGACCGGUUCUGGGCAGUAGCGUGUUCACGCACCUGACAGUCGACACUGAAACGGGAAGCCGUAACUAUCAGUGGCCCUGGCUGGCCGCCAUCUUCGUCGACGGAGGUUAUCGUUGCUCGGCGACGCUGCUGGACAGGGACUGGUUGCUGUCUCCAGCGACGUGCGUCGAAAACGUUAGGUUGGACGUGAAUUACACCACAGCGCUUCUGGGUUACGGACCACAGUUCCGCUACGUGGACGGUCCCCAUCAGCAGGUGUCCAUCAUCGACGAGAUACAGCUUGUGAACAGAUCAGAGUCCGUCCUGCUGCACCUGAACCAUCAUGCGAACUUCACUCGUCACGUGCGUCCACUGUUUCCCGAAAGGACGGUACACCUGCCAGGGUUGAGCGACACUUGCGUGGCGGUUGGAACGGACGAGAACUAUGAGACGUCGUCCGUCUUAUUGAAGACGGUUCUGCAGGACUGCCAGAGUUGCCAUCGGUGCUUCGUUAACACAUCCAUCUCCGAGUGUCUGACUAACCAGACAUCGGAAUGGAGCGGAAUGGUCUUCUGUCGCGGGAAAAAGGGAUGGUACCCUGCGGCCACUUUCCAGGACAAGAAUGGUCCCUGCAGUUUCCACGACACGCAGUCGUUGCUGGGCAUGGAUCACAUAAAUCCUUAUCUGUUGAAAGCUCUAGAUGGCACGAGGUUGCUGCUCGAAGCAAGUUGCGAUGGUUUCCGGUGCGACAUUGGCGAAUGCAUUCCCCACGAUCGCGUUUGCGACGGUGUUCCCGAUUGCCGAGACCAGGCGGAUGAGGAUCCGAAACACUGCCGAGAAGUCCGUGAAAAUUGCGAGAACAGCGUGGACGGUUGCAGUUGCACGAAGUCGGAGCUGCGCUGUCACAAUGGCCGAUGCGUGGACAAAGGUGCAUUCUGCGAUGGAAGGAAUGACUGCUAUGACGAUUCCGACGAACCCACUGUGUGCACGUGCGCGGAAUACCUGAAGCUGACUGCUCCAGGGCGACUGUGCGACGGUGUACGACACUGUCUGGACAAAACGGACGAAUCGCCCGAGAUGUGCCCUUGCAGUGGUAGCGGAUUUAAGUGCGCGACGACCAGUGGCAACGACACUUGCAUUCCUCGAGACUUUAUUUGCGAUGGGGAAAUGGACUGUAUGGAUGGCGAGGACGAGGCAACGUGUCGAAUGAUAAGACAAUUUUCUAACGACACUGAUGGAUCUGGCGAGGUGAUUCGACGAAGUUAUGGAGUGUGGCACUCGGAGUGCUUUCCAAAUCCAAUCUCAGAGGAAGAAGCAUCCAAUCUGUGCACAACUAUUGGAUACACGUCAGGAAAUAUCGAUAACGACACCACGGUUGCAGAGGAGCCUAUGAUCCCGAUACGAGAUCGUUUUUACGUAGUCAAGAUGAACGACUGGCUCUGGAUGGCCCUAAGAAACGAUAAACCACUAGUAACUUUAGUCAAGCCCGACGAAAAUUGUCAUCGUGCCUUUGUCAGUUGCGUUUAGCUAAUUUUUAUAGAAACUUCUGCCAUGGAGGUAGAUCAAUCGAUUUAUAAGAUAUGAUAAUUUAUUUUAUAUUUAUUAGUGGGAGACUGAUACAGAUGAAAUUAUUUAUUGCCAUGUAACAAAAUAUUCAAAUAAAGGUGUAUAAUAUUUAUGUGCAAGACA